CGGCUGUCAGAUCGUUUCGCAGAACCGUGGAAGCGCUGAUCAGUGAGCGACGUGUGUGCUUUUGGGUGCCUUUUCCGAAAUUUUUUGUACGAAAAGUUCCAUGCGGAUACUUUUCUGUUGAUUUUCCUGGAUUAAACUUGUGCUAGGAAGUGCAUUCGAUCGUUUGCUGCUCAAAUACACUACAGUAAUCAUGGCCAUGGAACGGAAGGGGACCUUCAAGGUGGAAUACCUGCAGAAGAUCGAACAGGAGAUGCAGGAGCGAUGGGAUCGUGAAAAGCUGCACGAAAACGACGCUGCGGAAAAUCCGCGGAAAAGUUCGGAGGAUAAGUUCCUCGUUACGUUUCCGUUCCCUUAUAUGAACGGAAGGCUGCACUUGGGACAUACGUUUUCCCUGUCCAAGGCGGAAUUUGCUGUCCGGUAUAAUAGACUGAAGGGAAAACAGGUGCUGUUCCCCUUUGGGUUCCACUGCACGGGAAUGCCUAUUAAGGCUUGUGCGGAUAAGUUGAAACGGGAAAUGGAGUCGUUUGGAUGUCCACCUGUAUUUCCGGUGGAAAAGGAAGUGGAAGUCGUUGAGGAGAAAGACGUCAUACCGAAGGAUAAAAGCAAGGGCAAGAAGAGCAAAGCCGUCGCUAAGGCAGGAGCUGCGAAAUACCAGUGGCAAAUCAUGCAAAGCCUGGGCUUGAAGGAUGACGAGAUUAAGAAGUUUGCCGAUACAGAACACUGGCUGGAAUAUUUCCCUCCGUUGGCCAUUCAAGAUUUGAAAGCUAUCGGGUGUCACAUCGAUUGGAGGAGGACAUUCAUCACGACGGAUGCCAAUCCGUUCUUCGAUUCGUUCGUUCGAUGGCAGUUCAAUCAUCUGAAGGCCCGUGGCAAGAUUAUGUACGGCAAACGACACACCAUUUACUCGCCGAAGGAUGGACAACCUUGUAUGGACCACGAUAGAUCAUCCGGAGAAGGAGUCGGGCCACAGGAGUAUACCUUGGUUAAGAUGAAGGUGACGGGCAUGCUUCCAGCUAAGUUGGCAUCUGUAAAAACAGCUGUCUAUCUAGUUUGUGGAACUCUCAGACCGGAAACCAUGUACGGACAAACCAACUGUUGGGUUCAUCCGGACAUCAAGUACAUUGCUUUCGAAACCACCCGAAACGGAGAGGUUUGGAUUUGUACCAGACGUGCAGCUCGGAAUAUGGCUUACCAGGGCUUUACUGCUGUUGAAGGCCAAGUCAAGGAAAUUGCCGAACUGACCGGACAGGAGAUUAUGGGGCUCCCUCUGGCAGCUCCUUUGACACCGAAUAAAGUGAUCUACACGCUGCCAAUGCUGUCGAUCAAGGAAGACAAGGGAACUGGCAUUGUCACAUCUGUUCCGUCGGAUUCUCCCGACGAUUACGCAGCUCUUUUGGACUUGCAGAAAAAGGCUGCCUUCCGGGAGAAAUACUCCAUUUCGGAUGAGAUGGUUUUGCCCUUCGAACCUAUUCCCAUCAUUGAAGUGCCCGGAUUGGGAAAACUGAGCGCAGUUUAUGCCUACGACAAAUUCAAGGUUCAAAGCCAGAACGAUCGCGAUAAGCUGCAAGAAGCUAAGGAGCUUGUCUAUCUGAAAGGAUUCUACGACGGAGUCCUGCUAGUCGGUGAACAUGCGGGUAAGAAGGUUCAGGACGUAAAGAAAGACCUCAAACAAUAUCUGGUCGAUCGUAACGAAGCCGACGUGUACUACGAGCCCGAGAAAACGAUCAUGUCCCGAUCGGGGGAUGUUUGUGUUGUUGCCCUGUGCAAUCAGUGGUACAUCAACUACGGCGAGGAGAAGUGGCAGAAAACUACCACCGACCAUCUUCAUACCAUGCAAGUUUACCACGAUGAGGUCGCUCGGAAUUUCGAACACUGCCUCGACUGGCUCCAUGAAUAUGCCUGUUCGCGAACCUAUGGUCUGGGCACCAAACUCCCUUGGGACGAACAGUGGCUGAUCGAGUCAUUGUCCGAUUCCACCAUCUACAUGGCAUUCUACACGGUGGUGCAUCUGCUGCAGGGUGGUUCUUUCCGGGGCGAAAAACCGAGCCCACUGGGAAUUACGGCUGCCGAUAUGACCGCCGAGGUUUGGGACUACAUCUUCUUCAAGGAAGCCAAGCCACCGGGAUCGACCAAGAUAAAAAAGGCACACUUGGAUCUGCUCAAGAAGGAGUUCGAUUACUGGUACCCCGUCGAUCUGCGAGUGUCCGGCAAGGAUCUCAUUCAAAACCAUUUGACGUUCUUCCUGUACAACCACGUCGCCAUGUGGCCAAACGAUUCAUCCAAGUGGCCCCGUGGAAUCCGCUGCAACGGUCAUCUGCUGCUAAACUCGGCCAAGAUGUCCAAAUCGGAAGGCAACUUCCUGACGCUGUACGAAGCGAUUGCCAAGUUCAGUGCCGAUGGAACGCGGCUUUGCCUGGCCGAUGCUGGCGACAGUAUUGAGGAUGCCAACUUUGUGGAAAGCACCGCUGAUGCGGGUAUCCUUCGCUUGUACACGUUCAUCGAAUGGGUGAAGGAGACUCUCGCUGCAAAGGCCAUGUUGCGUAAAGGACCGCUGGACGACUUGAACGAUGCCGUAUUCAUGAGUGAAAUGAACCUUAAAGUGAAGGAGACUGACGAAUACUAUCAGAAGAUGUUAUACAAGGAAGCACUGAGGACAGGAUUCUUCGAGUUCCAAUCGGCGCGUGACAAAUACAGGGAACUCUGCGGCUCCAAUGGAAUGCACGUCGAUUUGGUGAUGGAAUUCAUUCGUCGUCAGGCCUUGCUCAUUGCCCCGAUUUGUCCGCACGUUGCCGAACACGUCUGGCAACAGUUGGGUAAUCAAACUAGUAUCCUGAAGGCGACAUGGCCGCAGAUUGGCGCGAUUGAUGAGAAGAAAAUCAAGUGCUCCGCCUAUUUGAUGGACGCAGCCCAUUCGUUCCGCGUUAGUCUGAAAACCAUUUCACAAACGAAGGUUAAAGCUGGAAAAGCAGUUGCUGCUCCCUCUGCGGUCAAACCCAGCGAGGGAACCAUUUGGGUUGCCAAGUCGUUCCCACCGUGGCAAAGUUGCGUGCUAGAUACCAUGCGAGAACUCUACGAAAAGAACAACGCUCUGCCUGACAAUAAGGUCAUUUCCAUGGAACUGGGAAAAAAGGAGAUCCUGAAGAAGUACAUGAAGCGUGUGAUGCCGUUUGCUCAAAUGGUGCGAGAACGAGUCGAAUCUGCUGGCGGACCAGGAAAGAGCGCUAUGGAUGUCACAUUAGACUUUGAUGAACGGGAAGUUUUGGAAAAGAACAUGAGCUACUUGAAGAAUACGCUGGAAUUGGAAACGCUGAACAUUCGUUUCACCGAUGAAACGGAUGCGCCCGAAAAGAUGAAAGAAGAAGUACGACCAGGAGCACCGUACAUUGUAUUCACCGUUAAGCCUUUCGUCAUGGUCACGCUGGAAAAUCCGAUCGAACGGUCUGGGCUAUUUACCGUGAACUUAAAUCUGUGCGAAGGCGACACAUGCUCAAUCUUUCGAGAGAAACUGGCCAAGCAGAUCGAAUUCAAAGCGGAUUUGUCGGCGCUAGAAAUUUUACGUUUCGAAGAUCCGAUUCUGGGUCCCAGGAAGCCGCCCACUUUCCAGGACUACCGUAGCGGAAAACUAACCGUGGAAGAUGGCACCUUCAGCAUCGAUGUGGACAAGCGACAACUGUUCCUUAGCAAUGGCACCAUUAAGAAUUUGAAUGUUGGUACUAGUUUCGUUUACGUUAUCAACUAAGGUGAAAUAAUUUAUUGAACUGUAUCUCUUGGCGCGCCCUUAAGCUUAUGACUAUGCAUUAUUAUCAAAUACAACUUGCUGAUCGGUCAGCAUUCAGUGUAACAUA